GUAUUCUGUUACGCACGUUUUGAGGGUGACGACGAAGAAGAAGCUUAUUGUAAAAGAAAAAACAAAACACAAGUCUGUUAUCGUUGUGUUUCCGUUUAUUGCACAACCAUAAAACAAGACAUCAUCAAUCAUCAUCAAAUCUUCUCUCUUUCUCUAUCAUCUUCGAUCAAAUCACAUCAUUACCACAUCUUUUUCUUCAUCACAAAUUCCAGAUCACAAACGUUAAUUAAUAAUUAUCAAAAAAAGUGACGAUCAAUGGGAACGUUUACGAGCUUUCGAAAAGCCUAUGGAGCACUCAAAGAUACAACCACCGUUGGUCUCGCUAAGGUCAACAGCGAAUUCAAGGAUUUAGAUAUUGCGAUCGUCAAAGCAACGAAUCAUGUUGAAUCUCCACCAAAAGAACGUCAUGUUCGUAAAAUAUUCUCGGCGACAUCUGUGAUACAACCAAGAGCAGAUGUAGCUUAUUGCAUUCAUGCAUUAUCUAAAAGAUUAUCGAAAACUCGCAAUUGGGUUGUUGCAAUGAAGGUGUUGAUAGUAAUUCACAGAACAUUAAGAGAAGGUGAUCCAACAUUCAGAGAAGAGCUUCUAAAUUACUCACAUAGAAGACAUAUACUCAGAAUAUCUAACUUCAAAGACGAUACAAGUCCUCUUGCGUGGGAUUGUUCUGCUUGGGUUAGAACAUACGCGCUCUUUCUUGAAGAGCGGCUUGAAUGUUAUCGGGUUUUAAAGUAUGACAUCGAGGCAGAGCGUUUACCAAAAGCUUCAGGUGCAGCUUCCAAGACGCAUAGAACAAGGAUGUUGUCUGGUGAAGAUCUAUUAGGACAAUUACCCGCGUUACAACAGCUUCUUUACCGGCUUCUCGGAUGUCAGCCUGGAGGAUUCGACAAUCUUCUACUAGACAGUCUCUACGAAGACGAUACAGCAAGAAGACAGAUCCAAUUAACAAACGCCGGUUACGGAUUUGGAGCCACCGCUAUACCCGGAGAACCAGCCUUAUCAAACCCAAACCCAUUCGGGAUGCAACAAGAUCCUUUCGCAAUGUCAAACAACAUGGCUCCACCAACCAACGUCCAAAUGGCAAUGCAACAACAACAAAUGAUGAUGAUGAAUAAUCGAAGUCCAUAUAACAACAACUAUUCACCUUAUCAUCAUCAUCAGUUCUCACCAAAUCCUUCAACUUCAUCUCCUAAUCCUUUUGGUGACCCUUUCCUUGCCCUCCCAGCUCCUCCUUCAUCUGCUACUCAGCAACAACACAGUCAUAAUCAUAUGCUUCUCUAG